ACACCACGAGGCAAAAUCAAAAUAAAACUGCUGGUUUGUUUUCGUGUUCGCUACGAAGUGGGAAAAGCAGAUCCACAUCCUACAGAAAACUUACAAACGGCGGCGAAACACACAGCAAAUCUAUCGCAAAAUGCCGUACGCAAGAAAGAAAAUGCACAGCGGGGACACACAUCUCCGGCGUCGGUGGCGGUUGCGAAAUCGACGCAAGGAUUUGGAUGAAAUCGAUGCAGACUUGAAGACCGAGCCGGAGAAGUUGCUGCAACAGGAGAUUGACCUCGACAAACCAGGUUUUGGUCAGUUUUACUGCAUUCACUGCGCUACCUAUUACAUCAACGAUCAGGCCCUGCAAGCGCACUUUCGUACCAAGGUGCACAAACGUCGUCUGAAGGCGUUGGAAAUAGAACCGUACACCAUCGAAGAUUCGUUGCGUGCCGCAGGUCACGGCAGUUUCGUGCAGCCGCAGAAACGGAAGAUGGAAACACAGCCCUGCCUUGCGGACGUGGAAGCCGGAAAGCGGAUUAAAGUCGACACGGUGAUGGAGGCUGAGAAACCAGCCAAGCAAGAGUUGUCCAAAGCGAAAAAGUUUACCGAUUACAAGAAGGUGCUGGAAGAGCUCUGAAUAAAUUUGCGCGCCGGCUGUGUGUAAAUGGGA